CUGCCUUUUCCCUCUCAGUGUGGGCCGAUGGAGCACAGAGCCAGGCCUGGCUCUCACAGAGCCCCAGAUCCCCUCUAGCUUCAUCCCUAGAGUGGGAGACUCAGGCACAGCGGAGCCGAAGCCCCGAGGGCCCUUCCUACUCUCCAUGCCCCACCAUGCCCCUGCUGGAUGUUUUCUGGGCUUGCUUCAGGAAAGUGAAGUGCUUCCCAUUGCUGCCUGUGAAGAAGAACACUGAAGCUGAGGCCAAAAAAGCAUGUGAAUGGCUCCGGGCAACAGGAUUCUCUCAGUAUGCUCAACUAUUUGAAGAAGGUGUGUUUCCCCUGGAUAUUGGCUCUGUGAAGAAGGACCACGGUUUUCUGGACGACGACUCUCUGGGGGCCCUGUGCAGGAGGCUAAUGACCUUGAACAAUUGUGCUUCGAUGAAGUUGGAGGUUCAUUUUCAGUGCAAGCAGAAUGAAGACUCAGAAGAGGAAGAGCAGUGUACCAUCAAUAGCCACUGGGCCUUUGAACAGGAAAGCAAGUGUGGGUCUCCCAUGGGCUCAUCUGGCCUGCUGGCCCCACCAAGUCCUAGCCUACUGGGGACUUCAAGCUGUGAAAGUGUCCUCACUGAACUUAGUGCCACCUCCCUGCCAGCCAUCACUGUGAGCCUUUCACCAGAGCCAGAAGAACUGCCUUCUCUAGGUCGUGUACCUAGCCCAAGCGACUGGCCCCUCCUCAGCCCCACAAAGGGCAAGGAGGGUUCCCAGGACAAAGUCAAGAAGCACCAUUCCCGUAGCUUCCUCAAGCACCUUGAAUCUCUGAGGCGGAAGGAAAAGGGUGACAGCCGGCAAACAGAACCUCAGCAAAGCCUGGCCACCUCAGAGAAGGUUACCAAAGCCUCUUCGUUCCGUAGUUGUCGUGGCUUCCUCUCAGCUGGACUAUGCAGAGCCAAGAACUGGGCCAACACCUCAGCCAGGGGCAGAGAUGGUGAGAUUCAGAAGGCCUGGCAGGCUUGGCCUGUAGCCACACUCCGGUAUCCUAAGCAGGUACACCGGCGUGAUUGCCUGGUGCAUGUGCCUGGGGACCAUAAGCCAGGCACAUUCCCUCGCUCUCUAUCCAUUGAGAGCCUGUGUCCAGAAGAUGGACAUCACCUGGCAGAUUGGCAGCCAGGUAGGCGCUGGGGCUAUGAAGGGCGCCGGGGCUCCUGUGGCUCCACGGGUAGCCAUGCCAGCACUUAUGACAACUUGCCUGAGUUGUACCCAGCUGAGCCUGUACUGGCUGGGGCUGAGGCUGAAGAUGAAGAGGAGGGCGAGGAGAGCUAUACCCAUCUAGAUGACAUCCUGCAGCAUGUGUGGGGGCUACAACAACGAGUAGAACUCUGGUCUCAGACCAUGUAUCCAGACCUAGGGACUAGAGAUAAAGAAGAGAAGGAGGAAGAAGAAGUGGCGGCCACUUUAUCAGUGGAAGUAGCCACUGCAGAAGUGGAAGACCAGACUGAAGAUUUGGCCCAGUCAGGGGCUUCAGCCCAUGGAGAUUCUCAAAUUCAGGACCAAGCUGAAGUCCCACCUAUAGUUCUGGCUCAGGCUCCUGCUGAAGCUCAACCAUUGGUAGAGGCUGAGGCCCUGGCCCAAGCCCAGGCCCAUGAGCAAGAGGCAAACUCAGCUCAGGAGCCCACCUCUGCCUCCAGCCUGUCUGUGGAAGGACACUCCAUUUCGGACACUGUUGCCUCCUCCAGUGAACUUGACAGCAGUGGUAACUCCAUGAAUGAGGCUGAAGCUGCAGGGUCCCUGGUGGGACUCCAGGCAUCAGUGCCCCGUGAACGGCGUGAUUCAGGUGUUGGGGCCUCACUUACCAGACCUUGCAGGAAGCUCCGCUGGCACAGCUUCCAGAGCUCACAUCGACCCAGUCUGAACUCGGAGUCACUGGAGAUUAACCGACAGUUUGCAGGGCAGAUCAACCUCCUGCACAAGGGCUCACUGUUGAGGCUCACCAGCUUCAUGGAGAAGUACACUGUGUCCCACAAACAGGGAUGGGUCUGGUCAGUGCCCAAGUUCAUGAAAAGGAACAAAACUCCGGACUACCGUGGACAAUAUGUAUUUGGAGUGCCACCCCUUAUCCAUGUACAGCGCACAGGCCAGCCUUUGCCCCAGAGUAUCCAGCAAGCCAUGCGCUACCUCCGUAGCCAGUGUCUGGACCAGGUGGGCAUCUUCCGCAAAUCUGGGGUCAAGUCCAGAAUCCAGAGCCUGCGCCAAAUGAAUGAGACCUCCCCUGACAAUGUCUGCUAUGAAGGCCAGUCAGCAUAUGAUGUAGCUGACCUGCUGAAGCAAUAUUUCCGGGACCUGCCUGAGCCCAUCUUCACCAGCAAGCUCACCACCACUUUCCUGCAGAUCUACCAGCUUCUCCCUAAGGAGCAGUGGUUGGCAGCAGCACAAGCUGCCACCUUGCUGCUCCCUGAUGAGAACCGAGAAGUGCUACAGACCCUGCUCUACUUCCUAAGUGACAUUGCUUCUGCUGAGGAAAACCAGAUGACAGCCGGAAACCUGGCAGUAUGCCUGGCACCCUCUAUCUUCCACCUCAACGUCUCCAAGAAGGACAGCCCCUCACCCAGGAUCAAGAGCAAACGCAGCCUUGUUGGUCGGCCAGGCCCUCGGGACCUGAGCGAGAACAUGGCUGCCACCCAGGGCCUAUCACACAUGAUCAGUGACUGCAAGAAACUUUUCCAGGUUCCCCAAGAUAUGGUGGUACAACUGUGUGGUUCAUACAGUGCAGCUGAGCUCAGCCCUCCAGGCCCAGCCCUGGCUGAGUUGCGGCAGGCACAGGCUUCUGGCGUGAGUCUGAGCCUCUACAUGGAGGAGAGUGUGCAGGAGCUGCUGCGGGAUGCUGCUGAGCGCUUCAAGGGCUGGACCAGUGUGCCAGGGCCCCAACACACAGAACUAGCUUGCAGGAAGGCACCGGAUGGACAUCCUCUACGGAUGUGGAAGGCAUCCACCGAAGUAGCAGCUCCCCCAGCUGUGGUGCUGCAUCGUGUCCUGCGUGAGAGGGCUUUGUGGGAUGAGGACUUGCUGCGGGCCCAGGUGCUGGAAGCCCUGAUGCCAGGAGUGGAGCUGUACCACUAUGUGACUGACAGCAUGGCACCCCAUCCUUGCCGUGACUUUGUGGUGCUCAGGAUGUGGCGCUCGGAUCUGCCUCGUGGGGGGUGUCUGCUUGUUUCUCAGUCCUUGGAUCCUGAGCAACCAGUGCCAGAGUCUGGGGUGCGAGCUCUCAUGCUCACUUCCCAGUACCUCAUGGAGCCCUGUGGCUUGGGCCGCUCUCGCCUUACUCACAUCUGCCGUGCUGACCUCAGGGGCCGUUCUCCUGACUGGUACAACAAAGUCUUUGGGCACCUGUGUGCCAUGGAAGUGGCAAAGAUCCGGGACUCCUUCCCCACGUUACAAGCAGCUGGCCCUGAGACAAAGCUGUGAGCCUCGGGCAGGGAAUGCCUAGGCCCCUACUGCCAAGGGAGUGAAUGGGAAUAAGAGCCAAGUGGCCAAUAUCUAAGGGGCUGCUGCCAGGUGCAGAACAAAGCCCAGGCAGCUCAACUACCUGUUCCCUUACUUACUUCCUAAUGCUGCUCUGCAUAUAUGAGAGGAGAAGAGGGUAUAGGUGUCCCAUCUCCACUCAACCUUUAUCCUGCACACUGCAGUCUGCUCUCCCAAGAGAAGAGAAUCCUCUUGGUAACAAAAAGACCUCUGCUGUCUUCCACCUGGUCAAGAAGCCUCCACUCCCAUUUGGAGCCCUAGCAACUCCCUACCUUCAGGGGAAAGGAAAUGAAGAGUAGUAUAUGAUCCCAGAUCCUAGUCAUACCAAGAGACCAGGUUAUCUUAUUUGGUGCUAGGGGUAUUUUGAGGUUGAGCAGGAGUUCUUGGUGUCACUUUUAGGGCCAGCAUUGGCCCCAAACUGGCUUUUCCAGAUAUGGGUCUGUCUGAAGCAGUAGAUGGGCCAGAGUAUAGGGCAAACCAACUACCAUAAGCUGUGUUUUUAAUUUAUGUAAAUACGAUGCCUACUUUUAUGAGGCUGAUUGAGAAUGGUCUUAUGGGCCCCUAGUAGAUGAAAUGACAAAUUUGGACAGCUUGAUGGUCUCAAGAGACCAAUGAAGAAGCCUCUCCUGCCUUAGUCUCUACACUUUAUCUGUGGCUCCCUGAGGUUGUGAGCAGCCUGAGGUGCCAAGGGCCAUAUCUGCAGGUGAAUGAGCUCACUCUCUCCAUGCAGGGCAGUGAAGGGCAGAACUUACAGUGUCAGGGUGCUAUGUAGCGGGUCUCACGCCACUUGACUAUGGCUUUCAGCACAGUCUCUUUUUUGGAGAAGAUACCUGACCUCUGGGCCAACCACAGGGAAGACCUGACAUUAACUAUCUGGCCUCCUUGAUCUUGACCUAAUCUAUCUUAUCUCUAGGCUAUCUUUCUUAAUAUGAAAAUCCAGUGGCCAUUCAGAAGCACACUGGUGCUCUCUCUGCCUUUGUGCUGAGUAAACAAGAGUGGGGUUGAUUGUAUCCACCAUCGCAAUACUAAGCUUGUUUCUCUCUAUAAAUACUGUACAGUCAAUAUAUGUGUGUAUAUGUAUAUGUAUGUAGAUAUACAUAUGUAUAUACCUUAUAUGCCUACACAUACACAGACAUAUAUGCACGCACAUAAACAUAGUCCCUCCUGAGUACAUUAUAAUGUCUGGGUGGGAGAAGUAUCUGGAAGACUUGGGACACAGCUCUCCUGUUGAGAGAGGAGAGGUGGAGGUCCAACCACAGCAGGUUCCUCCACAGAACAAUAAAGCAUGACUGGACAUGUA